UUUUGACAGUUCGUACUCUCCUAAUAAUAUUUUGAUAACGCAUUUUAGCUAGAUUAGCAUAAUCGUAAGUAAUAUAUUUAGGUCGACUUGAACUUGUAGUUCUCUUGAACAUGCUAUCACAUAACCAGGCUCUUUUGGUUCCCAUACACACAACACCAGGGCAAGAGAUCCUUGAAUUUGCCGAAGAUGAAGUGAAUAUAUUAAGAAAAGUUUGCCCGUCGCUCCAACUCAGGCCAGUUACACCACCGCCGCGCAAAAGCGAUAUUAUUAAAGCAUUGAGCGAAUGCAAGAUAUUCCACUUCGCAGGUCACGGAAAAUCGAAACCAAUAGAGCCUUCCCAAAGUAUUCUGAUGCUCCAGGAUUGGCAAAGCAAUCCACUCACUGUGGAAGACCUACGAGAACAUAAGCUUCAAGAAAACCGGUCGUUUCUUGGUUACUUGUUAGCAUCUUCAACUGGGCCCAACACGACGGGAAAGCUCGCCGACGAAGCAAUCCAUCGUGUAGGUACCCUCCAGCUUGCGGGUUUCCGGCAUGUUGUAGGCACACUCUGGAAAGUUUCAGACAAGCAUUGUGCUGAUGUAGCAAGAAUUUUAUACGAGACGCUACAAGCCGAGGGGAUGACAGAUAUUGCGGUCUGCUGAGGGCUUCAUGGA